GACAGGUUAACCUUAUUAUAUUUGUAAAUAAGGAGGAUGAGUCUCGAGAUAAACACAAUUUUAUUCACAGGUCAUAAUCGUAAAUUUAAACGGCGCUGGCGGGAAAUCGCUGUGGCACCCUGGACAUCGUCUCCGGGUAGGAGGGUCAGUCAGCAUGCGUGGAAGAUAAAUUCGUCGUUUUGGUGCGUGCGUGUAGCGCGGCGGGGGCGGCGCGGGGAGGCGGGCGCGGCGCCGGGCCGCGGAGGCUGCUGCGCUCAGAGCACCUGCGCCCGCGCUCCGUAGCGCCGCACGUCGCGUGCUCAGUCCCCGCGCCCGCGUCCCGCGCCGCGUAGCGUCGCGACGCCACCCACGAAGUUGAAAUUGGGGGAGUCAAAUUGUUACGCGGGGUGCUGGUGAGUGCGGCCUCCCCCCGCGGCGCCAUGUCCGCCGUGUCGCCGGUGCCGCUGGUACCGGAGCGCAGCCCCCCCGCCUCUCCCGCCUCCGCGCCGCGCUCUCCCGCGCCCGCGCACGCCGUGCUCGCCACCAUGACGCCCGUGCAGCCCGCGCACGCGCACCACGCGCACCACCCGCACCCCCACGACUACUACCCGCACAAAGUCGAGAUGGACUCCGACGACGGGUACCCGCCCGAGGCGCACUCCUACCGGCACUCGCCGCACGAGCUCGCCGCAUACGCGCCCGACAACAAGGUGCCCGUGCAGCCCGACGUUUACGACCAGGGCAUGGAUUCCAUAGACGAGAAAACUCCGAUUGAUCUCAUUUACGAAGACGAGAAACAGACUGUAAUAUACACGACGACGCCGGACCAGAAGCGCGUGGAGAUGAUCAGCGGGCAAUUGGAAGAUGGCCAGCUGGUGAGCGGCGGCGGGCAGCUGGUGGACGGCGGCGUGUCGGUGGUGGUGGGCGCGCCCGGGCAGGGCACGGUGCUGGUGCUGGCCGACCACGUCGUCGAUGAGCUCGGACAAGUCAUCACGAUACCCAGGAGACGCAAGGAGGUGAUGGAGGUGAGCGGCGAGUCGUGGCGCGCGUACUACUCGAGCGCGGAGCACCCGCUGAGCGCGGCGUCGUCGGCCGUGCUGGGCGUGGACGACCAGCAGCCGCAGGCCCUCGUCACCGAGUACUACAAGCUGCCGCCUCUACAGGCGCAGGACUUACACAAGGAUGGGAAACUGACUGAUGUUUGGACGGCCGGAUCGGCGCUGAAGGCGGCCAAUGGCGCGCACGGGGCGGAGCUGGGCGAGCUCUCCGGACUGCUACACGCGGGGCUCGUGAAGCGCGAGCCCGAGGACCUGAGCCGCAAGGUGGCCGACGAGCCCGAGCCGCACGCGCACGCGCUCAAGCCGCCGCGACACAAGGUGGCGGUGGGCGAGGUGAGCGAGGCGGCGUCGCCGUCGCCGGUGCCGUCGCGCGCCUCCUCGGCCGGCUCGCUGCUGCCCGACGCCGGCAUGAUGUACGCGGCGCAGAUGUUCGCGCCGCCCGGCACCCCCAGCCCGACGCCCUAUGGCGACCAGUACUCGCGGCAGCCCUCCGGUGCCGCCUUCGCCGCUGAGCCCUACUACAGAGAGUACUUUGUGGGUGAAGGCUACCAGCAGAGGUCCGCGCCGCCCUACGGGGACGCAGAAGCGGCACCGGGGUCGGCUUUUGGCGAACGGUACGCGGCGCCGCGCUACCACAGCAAGAGCGUGAUCGCGGCGGCCGGGCUCACCGUGGACCUGCCCUCGCCGGACAGUGGCAUCGGCGCUGAUGCUGUCACCCCCAGGGACCACACCGCCGUUCAGCAGUCGUUCGACUACACAGUGAUCUGCCAACAACCCCCGGAGGACGGGCGAGGGACGCCAUCCGCGCACCACUCGCCGGCACAGCCCCCGCGCACGCGCCCCUGGCACGACUUCGGCAGACAAAAUGACGCCGAUAAGAUACAGAUUGCCAAAUUGUUUUCGCCGUACGGCUUCAAGUACCACCUGGAGACGGCGAGCAGCAGCUCGCAGCGGCGCGAGGAUGACCGCAUCACCUACAUCAACAAGGGGCAGUUCUACGGCAUCACGCUGGAGUACGUGCACGACCCCGACAAGCCGCUCAAGAACCAGACGGUCAAGAGCGUGGUUAUGUUGAUGUUCAGAGAAGAAAAAUCACCUGAAGAUGAAAUUAAAGCGUGGCAGUUCUGGCACGGGAGACAACAUUCAGUAAAACAAAGGAUACUAGACGCCGACACGAAGAACAGCAUCGGGCUGGCGGGCUGCAUCGAGGAGGUGUCGCACAACGCCAUCGCCAUAUACUGGAACCCGCUCGAGAGCGCUGCUAAGAUCAACAUUGCAGUACAGUGCCUUAGCACAGACUUUAGCAGCCAAAAAGGAGUCAAGGGCCUACCGUUGCACAUUCAAAUUGACACAUUUGAAGACCCACGCGACACACAAGUGUAUCACAGAGGAUACUGCCAAAUUAAAGUUUUUUGUGACAAGGGCGCGGAAAGAAAAACAAGGGACGAAGAGAGAAGAGCAGCGAAAAGAAAAAUGUCUGCUACGAAUAGAAAGAAACUGGACGAGAUUUACCACCCAGUGACGGAGCGGAGCGAAUUUUACACGAUGGCUGACUUAGCCAAGCCGCCGGUGCUGUUCAGCCCCGCGGAAGACAUCGACAAGCUAACGGGGAUGGACAUCCAAGGGUUCUACGGGCACGACGAGUCGACGCUGGCCGAGGCGCACCUGAAGGGCGCGUCGCCGUUCCUGCUACACGCCGCCAAGCCGCAGGCGCCCGCGCUCAAGUUCCACAACCACUUCCCGCCCGACGCGCCUGCGUAUAGGUCGGAGGUGGGCAGCCUGUCGCCGUACGGUGACCGCAAGGACACGCUGGAGCUGGAGGGCGUGCUGGGCAAGCGCGCGCGCACCGGCACGCCGCCGCUCAGCGAGCGUGUCAUGCUGUACGUGCGCCAGGACACCGACGACGUGUACACGCCGCUGCACGUCGCGCCGCCCACCACGCAGGGCCUGCUGCAUGCGAUUGAGAAUAAGUACAAAAUUUCAAGUUCGGCAAUUAAUAACCUUUAUCGAAAGAACAAGAAAGGGAUUACGGCCAAAAUUGACGAUGAAAUGCUAGCUUACUACUGCAACGAGGACUUGUUCUUGCUGGAGGUGCGGCCGGCCGGCGCGGCCGACGACGAGCCGCUGUACGACAUCACGUUCGUGGAGCUGCCGCUCGACCACUAGCGCCGGCGCUCCUCCCGCGCUCCGCCACAAACACUCCUUAUGAGAAAUACUGAUUUAACGUUUUCUCAAAGUGUCGAUCUCACGUUGAAAUUUACUUUUAAGCGAUUCAUCACCGUAGCUUCGUUUUACUAAAACUUCCUGUCACAAAAGCAUCAUGGUUGGUUGUCGUACGACGGCAUCCGUUUGUGGGACCGCAUUGUAAAUAACGACCGCGAUAGAAUUUAUUGUUGUUGCAGUGCGACGAUGGCAGAGAAAUUCAUCUCUGAUGCGAAGAAAUUAGUUCAUUCUGACUAUAUUAGUUAUAAAUGUGUUAUUUGUAAAUUACUAUCUGUUGCUGAUCAAAACGUGUGUGCCAUUCACUCGGUUAUCAUACUAGCUGUAUGUAGUUAACGUUUCAACAGGUACCUUUGAAUCUUGCCAUGAUGAUAAAGUAAGAAAUUCUUGUCACAAAACAUUAUACAUGUAUUAGUAGAUACUAUAUUAUCUACUUGAAGUAAAAGCAUGAAGUGCCUUUGUCAUAAUAAUUAAUGUAAGUGAGUUAAGUCAAAUUAAAUGCCAUCCACUUUGUUAAGUUUUAUAAGGGUAAGUUUGCUUUAUAAGCUCGCUCAAUUCAUUCAUUUAGUAAUGGUGACUCUAGCUGUAGGAAUCGAUAGAUAGUUUGUCAUUACUGUCAUCGUUCACUAUAUUGUAAAUUACGUCCUUAUUUAUUUUUGUAUCACCUAAAUUCCCUUUCAGAAUUUCCCGUAAAUUACAGUUUUUACCGAUGUUACACUUAACCCCUUAUUCAUAAACGUAUAUUAAAGUUAUCAUGCCGAUAAAGUUAGUUUGUCCCUUUCUAUCACACAGAUACGUCGGAAAGGGACAAACGAACUUUAUCGGCUUGAUAACUUUAGUGUACGUUUAUGAAUACGGGGGUUAGUAGUUAACAAAUAUAAAUUUACAGUUAUCAGUCACAAUAAAGUAUCGCCAAUAGUAAUUUCAAAAGAAAGGUUAUGUAUUUAGUCAUUGUAACAUAGUCACAAGGGACGAGUCCGUUUGAAAUACAAUUUCGUUAUCAUCUGUGGGAUUGGUUUGUGUAUAAUUUAAGGAAUUAUUGAUAAUAGAUUUUGUUAUUAUAAACGAAUUUCGAUACUUAAGUUAUCGGGCCAUGACAACAAUUUAGAUUAAGGAAAAAUGUAUGCUGUGUCCAAGACUUUACCAUGUACCUAAUUACGGUGUUUUACCGAGCCAUUAUAUAACUCGUGUCCAAAGUUAUCGCUUCAAUUUAUUGUUUACGGUUUUCUUGUAUAGAAAAACAUAAUCAAUAAAUUAAAUACUUUUUGCAGCGAUUAGCAUAUUUGGUUUAUAGAUUAAUCGGGCAGAUAUGUGUAAAUAUGCAUACGUAUGUACUCAUCAAUGAAUAAUGUAUUGAAUUACGCCUUACUUGCAAGCGACUGGCCAUUUCGUUACAACGCAAGCCAUCGUAGUUACAUAGUUGCUCUUUACGAGCCGCAUAGCCUAGCCAACAAACAGAUGGUUAACGCGUUCCCAGUCCAGUGCCUACUACCUACACUUUCAGUCAUGUAUACGUUACGAGACCAUGCUCAAACGAAGCAAGUAUAAGAAACACAAAAUAUUAUAUUAUAGAUAAAAUAGAUAUGCUAGAGAGGUACCUUAGUUACUGCUAAACAAAAAAUAUUAAUUUAUAAAAGAAGGUUUUUUGGAAACUGGGGACGUGCUAACAUUAAAGUAUGGAUGACGCUGAAAUCAUUAUUAUGUUUCUCCACCGAUUAUAUUCAAAAUUUAGAACCAGGUUCUGUUUCCUAAAAGGAUCAGUCUUGGACAUGCCCAAGAGUUUUAAGAGAAGUGCCUAGUGCGGACGGUUCGAUUAACUGCCAUAUUAUGACAUAAUUUAGAGUACUUAAUGAUGUUAGUUAUAGAUUUUUAAAUAUAAUUCGUUUUAUUGUCCCACGAAUUGCAGAUAGACAUCGAAUUUUAAUUAAGAUAAUGUUAUUGAAUACUUUUCUAUUACUUGUAUCUCGUUUCUUCCAAGUUACUGCGAUAGAUAGGGUUGUGACUCCUCUGGUCCAUCGCGUAACACUUUAUAUCUGCAUUUCAUAUUAUGUUUGAAGAUAUGUACCUAUGUAAAAGACACUCGUUAAUGUUUAUCCACUGCUUACGUAAAAGGGAUCGAAGAAUCUCGAUUCAUUAUAAAUUUUAUAUGGUUACGCGUAUUGCUCAAAAGUCUGCGCUCGCGUGGGGCGGACUAUAAUGACAUUGUUAUUAUACCUACUUAUACGUAUUCACGUAAUGUUUAUUUAUAUUCUUAUUAUUUUAAUCGUGCAGCUUUAAUAUUUACUUACAUUGAUGUUAGAUCGUGAUUCUGAAUCUCGUCAUAAGUCACAAACGUCAGUAGCAAUAAAUACGUGAAGCAGUUAGUAGUUAAAUGUGCUCUUGCGGCGCGACGCCGGCCGCCGCGGCCGCGGAGUUGUGCAAUGUCGGGUGAGUGGAGGGUCGUCGGGUCGGCGGGUCGGGUCGCCGUCGGGUCGCCGUCGGGUCGCUGUCGGGUCGCUGUCGGGUCGCUGUAGGGUCGCUGUCGGGUCGCCGUCGGGUCGGACCCGAGUCGCGGCCAGCCGCGGCCGCCCGCGUCGCCGGCGAGAGAGUUUAGUCACACUAGUUAAACACACCCCGAAAGUGUUAGCACAUUUUCGUUAUAAAAUUCUACUGUACUUAAGAUUAAAUUGAAUAGAUGUUACGUUAUUCUUUUAUAUGAAUAUUUGUAAGUUGUCAUAAAAUAUUAUUAAUAUAAUUAUUUUUAUCAAAGUUUAUAAUCUAAAUAAAAAUGUUUUUCUUCAAAACA